AUGUCAGGUUCAGAUUUUUUAACCAAAGGAAUUGAUUUGGUUCAAAAAGCUAUCGAUGCUGACACUGCCACCAGAUAUGAAGAAGCCUACAAAUUAUACUAUAAUGGGUUAGAUUAUCUCAUGUUGGCCAUUAAAUAUGAAAAAAAUCAGAAAUCAAAGGAAUUGAUCAAAUCAAAGUUCACAGAAUAUUUGACUAGAGCUGAACAAUUGAAAGAUCAUUUAGAGAAGCAAACUCAAAAAUCAGAACAGGAUUCUGCUAGUGGAUCCACUAAAUCGAAGAAACCAGGUGAAGCUGGGGGUGAUGAUGAUGAUGCCGAUACAAAGAAAUUACGGGGGGCUUUAGCAGGGGCGAUUUUAUCAGAAAAACCCAAUGUUUCUUGGAGUGAUAUAGCAGGUUUAGAGAGUGCUAAGGAAGCUUUGAAAGAAGCUGUUAUAUUACCUGUAAAGUUCCCUCAAUUGUUCAAAGGAAACCGUAAACCUACUUCAGGUAUUCUAUUAUAUGGACCUCCAGGUACAGGUAAAUCCUAUUUAGCCAAAGCAGUGGCCACCGAAGCCAAUUCUACAUUCUUCUCAGUGUCAUCAUCAGAUUUAGUCAGUAAAUGGAUGGGUGAAUCUGAAAGAUUAGUUAAGCAAUUAUUUACUAUGGCUAGAGAAUCCAAACCUUCAAUUAUUUUCAUUGAUGAAGUUGAUGCAUUAUGUGGACCAAGAGGUGAAGGAGAAAGUGAAGCAUCCAGAAGAAUCAAAACAGAAUUAUUGGUUCAAAUGAAUGGUGUGGGUAAUGAUUCAAGUGGAGUUUUGGUUUUAGGAGCGACUAAUAUUCCAUGGCAAUUAGAUGCAGCCAUUAGAAGAAGAUUUGAAAGAAGAAUCUAUAUUCCAUUACCUGAUGAAGAUGCUAGAACUAGAAUGUUUGAAAUCAAUAUUGGUGAAGUACCUUGUGAAUGUACACCCCAAGAUUAUAGAACUUUAGCUUCCAUGACUGAUGGUUAUUCUGGUCAUGAUAUAGCUGUGGUGGUAAGAGAUGCUUUAAUGCAACCAAUAAGAAAAAUUCAACAAGCUACUCAUUUCAAACCUGUUUUGGAAGAUGGAAUGGAAAAAUUAACUCCUUGUUCACCAGGAGAUCAAGGUGCUAAAGAAAUGGGAUGGCAAGAUAUUGAAACUGAUGAAUUAAAAGAACCAGAUUUAACCAUUAAAGAUUUUAUAAAGUCCAUUAAGAGUAAUAGACCAACUGUUAAUGAUUCUGAUAUCGAAAAUCAUGUCAAAUUUACUGAAGAUUUCGGUCAAGAAGGUAAUUAA